AUACUUAUGUUAAACUUUAGCAUGGAUUUAAUCUAAUCAUUGAAAUGAAUACUAAAUACGCUUCUCAGCGGAAGUACAGAAUCAAUUUAUAAUGUCAAUGUAGCAUAUCAAUGAAUCAAUGGCUUUGACCGUUGACUCAUGUCCCAAAAUGGACUUCUCUCUUCCCCACCUCCUUCUGAUAUCACACCAGCUAUGACUCACCAGCAGGGGGACCAUAAAAGGAAUCAGGCGGUAGUCGUAUUGGGAGCACAGUGGGGGGAUGAGGGGAAGGGGAAAUUGAUUGACCUCUUGGCCGACCAGUUCGAUGUCGUAUGCAGAUGUCAGGGUGGGAAUAAUGCAGGCCAUACAGUUGUGGCCAAGGGAGUGGAGUAUGACUUCCACCUGCUGCCCAGUGGCAUCAUCCAGCCCAACACAUACAACAUACUCGGAAACGGAGUUGUCAUACAUCUUCCGGGUCUGUUCAGCGAGAUCAACAACAACAUCACGAAUGAGGACAAAGUGAAGCUGAUGGACAGGUGGGAGGAGCGACUCCUCAUAUCCACCAGGGCACAUCUAGUGUUCGAUGUACACCAGAGAGCAGACGGACUCUACGAGGCAUUCCGCAAACUAGACAAAAAAGGGGGCGGAAGUCUGGGAACCACACGAAGAGGUAUCGGUCCCGCAUACUCGACUAAAGCACUUCGACUGGGAGUACGAGUGUGUGACCUCAUUGCGGAUGACUUCUCCAAAUUCGAAGGCAAGUUUCGACUCAUUGUGAACUACUACACACAGUUGUUCGAAGAGAUAGCCCAGGAGUACACCGAAGAAAAGAUUCAACAGGAACUGAAAAGGUACCAGGAUUUCAAAGGAAAGCUAGAGAGAUUGUCCUGUGACGUGAUUCCCUUUAUGCACGAGAAGCUGUCUUCCAACAAAAAGAUACUCAUCGAGGGGGCGAACGCACUUUUCCUCGACAUCGAUUUCGGCACCUAUCCUUUCGUGACUUCUUCCAACUGUUCAAUCGGGGGAGUGUGCACUGGACUGGGCAUUCCUCCUUCCAGCAUAGGAGAUGUGUUUGGAGUGGUGAAGGCAUACACUACCAGAGUGGGAGAGGGUCCCUUUCCCACAGAGCUGCUGGACAGCACGGGAAGCCACCUCCAGAAUAAGGGCAGGGAGUUUGGAGUUACCACAGGACGUCCGAGACGCUGUGGCUGGCUGGACUGCAUGUUGCUCAAGUACUCGUGCAUGAUCAAUGGAUUCACUGCACUCGCCCUAACCAAACUUGACAUCCUGGACGAGCUGGAAACAAUCAAGGUUGGUGUCGGGUACAUGUACCGGGGCAAGAAACUGAACUCAGUGCCAGCUGAUCUGGACAUUCUGAAGGAAGUCACAGUAGAGUAUGUGGAAAUGCCUGGCUGGAAGUGCGAUAUUUCACAAGUGAGAAGUUACAGUGAGCUGCCUGAGAAUGCAAAGAAAUACAUUUCGACGGUGGAGUCUAUUCUGGGAGACGGAGGGAGUCAUAUCAGAUUCAGGUGGAUAGGAGUGGGCAAGUCAAGAGAGGCCAUCAUCAACAUCACUGUCUAAUUUCUUGCCUACACGGACUGUUUUCAUGGCUAUUUUGAACACACAGGGUUCUCGAAUCCUAUGUAUAACACUAAACUACGAGCUUAAUUAACGCGACCUUACAUACUCAAAAAUCAAGAUGAUUCUUGUCAUUGUGUGUAUUGAAGAAGCUAUACAGCGGAUUUAUAGCGUGUUAUUCGCCAUAAUUAAUGAAAAGAAAAACCAUUGUACCAUGAUGUAUCUUCGAGAAUGUCUGCUUGAUUAUUAUUGCUGAUAAAACGAUAAGUGCAAACUCGGAUCAGUUAACAAGUCUGUAAUUGAUUUCUGUUAACCACCAUGGAUUAAUGAUCUUUUAAAACAUGCUUUGGAUCUUGUUAACUAUCCCCCCCCCCCGCCUUUGGACCUUGUUACCUAU